AGGUUUUUAAAGGCCUAUAGAGAGAAAGAACUUCCAUAAAAAUACACAGACUGCUGAAAGGACACGAUCUUUAGCGCGUGACAGAUACCUCGAUUAAGAAUCAUGGCUGUUGUCUGGAAAAUUUCUCUCGUGUUCUUGUCCGUUAUAGGACUAGGUUUAUCUCAAUCUCUUGAGUGUCCACCUCUCUGGUCUUUGUACAAGGGGCACUGCUACCGCUUCUUCGGCCAGAGGAAAUCGUGGCAUAAUGCUGAAAAGCACUGCCGUGGGUUCUUCACCAGUAAGAGCCAGGCCCAUCUUGCUUCAAUCCGGGAUUCCAGCACCAACGACUUACUUCUGGAGCUGUGGAAAACUUCACUUAUUUCCAUUUUGGGCGAAGGUGAUCGUGUGUGGAUUGGGCUUACCGACCAAGAUAGGGAGGGUGUCUUCACUUGGAUAUCGAGCGGAACAGCUGACGUGCCAACGGAUGUCUGGCUAACUGGCCAGCCGAAUAACCAAAAUAAUGGUGAAGAUUGCGUAGACUUUUGGAAUAAAGACGGCAUAUUGGGAUGGAAUGACGAAAACUGCGCCAGAGAGAAUCCGUUUAUUUGCAAGAUGUAUAUCGGUAGUUACUGAUUAAUAUUGGUCUACGGUAUCAGCGUUAAAACAGGGCAGGUAGUGGUAGUAUGGUAGAACUUAAAGACUAACUAAUUUACAAACAAAACUGCAUGAGCUUUUCGUAGCAAUAACUAUCAACAGAUGCAAAAACAGUCAGCAUUGUAGGUCGACUGAAGUCCGCACCUCACCAGGAAUGCCUCCCCUCGGUAUCGAUGUAAGACUAUCCUGUCUCCACAAUACAACUAUGUAGAUAUACCGUGUUAGGUAUAAUUAUGACUGACAGCUCCCCUGGAAGUCCAUCGCCAAGAGAAAUUCUUCAUGCUCAGAAGUUCAUUAGAGUAUAAUUGUUACAAAAAUAUAUUCGUUAAUUUUGAGAAGUUUUUGUCUCAUUGACCGAUCAUAAUUUGCCCAGCCAUUUUCCAAGUUUCAGUGUAAACUUGCCAGUGUAAAAUCUCACUUCACAAAAAGUCAUGUGUAGGCGUGUUAGCUAUACACUAAAGACCUUCAUCACGGUGUGACCAUCUUGAUUUUACUCCAUUCCAACUCAUUGUAACCAAACUGAGGCUGGACGAAAUAAUAGUCGGAUGCCAUG